AGCCGGGGGGCGCGGGCGGCUCCAGGAAGCUGGUCAUCAAGAACUUCCGAGACAGGCCUCGGCUGCCGGACAACUACACGCAGGACACGUGGCAGAAGCUGCACGAGGCGGUGCGGGCCAUCCAGGGCAGCAAGUCCAUCAGGUACAACCUGGAGGAGCUGUACCAGGCUGUGGAAAACCUGUGCUCUCACAAAGUCUCCCCGACACUCUACAGGCAGCUGCGCCAGGUCUGUGAGGACCACGUCCAGGCCCAGAUCCUCCCGUUCAGAGAAGACUCCCUCGACAGCGUCUUGUUCUUGAAGAAGAUCAACACAUGCUGGCAAGACCACUGCAGACAGAUGAUCAUGGUCAGGAGCAUCUUCCUAUUCCUCGACCGCACAUACGUCCUGCAGAACUCCACACUCCCUUCAAUCUGGGACAUGGGGCUGGAGCUGUUCAGAAACCACAUCAUCAGCGACAAGACAGUUCAGAGUAAGACCAUCGACGGGAUCCUGCUGCUGAUCGAGCGGGAGCGGAGUGGGGAGGCUGUGGACAGGAGCCUGCUGCGCAGCCUGCUGAGCAUGCUCUCAGAUCUCCAGGUAUAUAAAGACUCGUUUGAAGUGAAAUUUUUGGAAGAGACUAACUGUUUGUAUGCUGCAGAAGGCCAGAGACUGAUGCAGGAGCGUGAGGUUCCAGAGUAUCUUAACCAUGUGAGCAAGCGUCUGGAGGAAGAGGGGGAUCGCGUCAUCACAUACCUGGACCACAGCACACAGAAACCACUGAUUGCUUGUGUGGAGAAACAGUUGUUAGGAGAACAUUUGACAGCAAUUCUGCAGAAAGGGCUGGACCACCUGCUGGACGAGAACCGGGUGCCUGACCUCACACAGAUGUAUCAGCUCUUCAGCCGGGUGCGGGGCGGGCAGCAGGCACUGCUGCUGCACUGGAGCGAGUACAUCAAGACUUUUGGGACGACGAUUGUCAUCAAUCCUGAGAAAGAUAAAGACAUGGUCCAGGACCUGCUAGAGUUCAAGGACAGGGUGGACCACGUGGUGGAGGUGUGCUUCCAGAGGAACGAGCGCUUUGUCCACCUGAUGAAGGAGUCCUUUGAGGCCUUCAUCAACAAGAGGCCCAACAAGCCUGCGGAGCUGAUCGCCAAGCAUGUGGACUCCAAGUUACGAGCAGGCAACAAGGAAGCGACUGACGAGGAGCUGGAACGGAUCCUGGACAAAAUCAUGAUCCUGUUCAGAUUCAUCCACGGUAAAGAUGUGUUUGAAGCAUUUUAUAAGAAGGACUUGGCAAAAAGACUCCUUGUUGGAAAAAGUGCCUCAGUGGAUGCAGAAAAGUCCAUGCUGUCCAAGCUGAAGCACGAGUGUGGGGCCGCCUUCACCAGUAAGCUGGAGGGCAUGUUCAAGGACAUGGAGCUUUCCAAGGACAUCAUGGUGCACUUCAAGCAGCACAUGCAGAACCAGAGUGCCCCGGGCCCCAUCGACCUCACAGUAAACAUCCUCACCAUGGGCUACUGGCCCACGUACACACCCAUGGAGGUGCAUCUGCCCCCCGAGAUGGUCAGGCUGCAGGAGGUGUUCAAGACCUUCUACCUGGGCAAGCACAGCGGCCGGAAGCUCCAGUGGCAGACAACACUGGGCCACGCCGUUUUGAAGGCGGAGUUUAAGGAGGGGAAGAAGGAGAUCCAGGUGUCCCUCUUCCAGACGCUGGUGCUGCUCAUGUUCAAUGAGGGAGACGGCUUCAGCCUCGAGGACAUCAGAAUGGCCACAGGGAUAGAGGACAGUGAGCUGAGACGGACACUGCAGUCACUGGCCUGUGGGAAAGCACGUGUUCUGAUUAAGAGCCCCAAAGGGAAGGAGGUAGAAGAUGGAGACAAAUUCAUCUUUAAUGGCGAUUUCAAACACAAGUUAUUUAGGAUAAAGAUCAACCAGAUUCAGAUGAAGGAAACCGUGGAAGAGCAGGUCAGCACCACAGAGCGGGUAUUUCAGGACAGACAGUACCAGAUUGACGCUGCCAUCGUGAGAAUAAUGAAGAUGAGAAAGACAUUGGGCCACAAUCUGCUGGUCUCCGAGCUGUACAACCAGCUCAAGUUUCCAGUGAAGCCUGGUGAUUUGAAAAAGAGAAUAGAGUCCCUCAUAGACAGAGACUAUAUGGAGCGAGACAAGGACAGUCCCAAUCAGUACCACUACGUGGCGUGAUGGCCGGGCCUGCUGUCUCUGGGAAGCAGACGAGGAGCACCGGCGGGCAGCACCAUGGGGCCACCAAGCCACCGGGCCCGUGACGGCCGCGGCGGGCACUCGGACUGGAUGGCAAGGACAUGAUUCUUGGGUCGUCCUUCCUGCGCUCAAGGAUUUUCGGAUGCCACAUGUAUCUUUCCCCCUCCAGUUCUUCCUCUAGUUCUUUUAGGCAUUUAAAUUGUUUCUGUUGCUCUGUACAGAACGACUUCAAGGCUGGACAUGAAGACAUCAGUUAGCAGAGUUCCUUCCCAGGUCUGGCCCCAUGGCAGGCAGCUGCGCGCGUGUGGUAUGUCUUGGCGUGAGAUCAUGGGUGCGUGACGCAGAGACCCUCAGUGCUGCGUCCUGAGGAUGGGCAGGGGCAGGAGCUGGCACCCACACUGCUGACAAUUCACAACGGAAGCCCUGGCCUCUCCGCUUCCUGUUUCCUCAGAAAGUUUCCACUUUGCUAACUGGUGUUCUGUAAAUCAGGUUUCUGGGUGAGACCCCUGAUGUGCCAAGAGGACCUGUGCCUGCUGCGCUUGCCGCAGGGCCCAUUGCCUGGCCGCGCCCAGCACGGUCCGCUCAGCCGAGUCUCCUGUGUGUGUCUGUGGACGGGUGGGAUUGGUGUGUCUGGGUCUCCAUGCUGAGAUUGAGUCAGGCAAUCCCUGUUUUGGCUUGGGGUCACUGCCUUUGAUUUUUAACUGCAGUAUUUGUGUGCUUGCCACAAUAAAGUCUGGUUUGGUUUCCUAGUCCUGCGCAGGGACCGUUCUUGCUCUGCCUAUGAUGCCCGGAGUGGGGUUUCCCAGGAGGCAUGCAGCCUCGGCACCUGACAGUGCCCGCAGGUUACUGGGUAGAGCACUAAAGGGUCUCAUUGGUGCUCAUUACAGGCUGUGCACCUAUCCAGGGAGGUUGGGCAGGAAGCAGAAGUUCACUAGUGAUGGUAGGAUGGUAACAAUGACAAAGAUGCUUUUGUGGUGACAUUUAAAAGUACUUUAUAUUUUGCAAAAUGGCAUGUUUCACUUUGAUGAAAAGCUACCAAAGGAAUUUUGAUCAUGGUAUAAGUGUUUAAAGCAAUAUUUUCUGGAAUAUACCAAGUUUAUAUAAUUUGAUUUUAUGCUAAAUUAUUAAACAAUUCUCCCUUUUUGAAACAUGCAUGUUCAAAGUACAGUAUCUUUUGGGUCCCAUAUGAAAAUCCUUACUCUUUAAGUAUCAUCAUUUCUAUAUUUGUAAACUUUCAUUUAUGAGUUCUAUGAUAUGUGGUCUAUAAAAGACCAAAUAGAUUUCUAUUUCUUAUAUUUUAAGUUCAUUGUGUCUAGAGAUUCAUGUUGUAAUUUAAUAUAGACUUACUUUGAAUAAAACUAGUUAAAUUGGCCUUAAAAUUACAUUAAUAAAACUUUUUGGUAUGCAA